GGAGGAGGAGGAGGAGGAGGAGGAGGAUUGCAGGUGGAGAGGCAGCCCUGUGCCCUGGAUUCAAAGGAAGAGCCGUCUCUGCUCUGUUCAGAACAAGAAGGAGAAGACGAGUCCUCAGAGUACAGAACGGUGACUGUAUCAGGACAGAGAGAUGAACUGGAGGCAUCAGACCCCAGAGAAUUCACCCUUAAUGCUCCUGAGAGGGCAGCAGCUGACACCGGGCACUGCCAGCUAGGCCUUCUGACAGUAUGUGGGCCUCUGUCUGAUGCCUCUAUGGGGGGAUGCUAUGGCACCUACAGUACAGAGGCUUCCCAGGAGCCCCACUACUUUACAGCAGGAGGACAAUUCCAACCAGUCAACCUAAAAAUGGGAGGUCCCUACCCAACAACAGCUCCCAUUCCUCGGCGCUCUGCCCGAUGCGCGGCCUCCUGUAAACUGCCAGCCUUUGUAUAUGAUACAGGACCAGGAGGAGAGCGACCGAAGUCUAAAUGCCCAGCAGAAAUUCUUGAUGAGAUGGCACCACCAAGCAGAAAGAAGAGUCGAACGCUAUACAACGUUGACCAGUUGCAGGAACUUGAACGAAUAUUCAUGGAGGAUCAUUACCCGGACAAUGAGAAGAGAAAGGAAAUUGCAGAAAUUAUUGGGGUCACUCCACAGAGAAUAAUGGUUUGGUUUCAGAAUCGACGGGCCAAAUGGCGCAAAACUGAAAAAUCCUCCAUAAAGGAAGUCAAGAAAACCAUCCCCAGCUCUGUGUCUCAUCCUGAGGGUCUCACCCUGUCUUCUUCUGCACUUUCCCGACCAUCUCGACCAGAAACUGUUUCAUAUGCAGUAGCUUCAGGUCAUCACUCCUAUGGUCCACUAUCGGGCAUCAGGAAUGGGUUGUCUCUGGUGCCUGGUGCACUUCUUCAGAGGUCUCACUCAGUCGAGAUCUCUUCUCAGCAUGGAUCCUCUUGCACUUCAAGCAACAGUAAUGCAGGGCCCAGCCUGGGAUCACCAGGGGCCAUCUGCCUACCUCCAUCCCAGGAGUACCCACCCACAUUCCACAGCCCACCACCGCUUAGGCGGGUUGGACUGCCUAUGUCUGUGACCUUUAACCCCAGCAGUCACAUGGUUCCCCUGAUGCUGGACACGCCAGAAACCAGUUGCACUCCACCAUUAUCAUCUGACGGCGACAUGUUCACCUAUAACAUUCAGGAGUCCCCAAUAUCAGAGACUAUGAGAUACGGUCCACAAUACUUUCACCAGAGUAACCAACUAGGAGCUUUCCAGGUGCCCCAGUACACCCAGUACCAGCGCCAUCCAGUGCACAGCCUCACACCAACUUCUCCUGAGGACACGGCUUUCUUUGCUGUUCCUGCCAACAACACAGGCAUGCUGGCAUAUGGAAACCCAGGGACCUACCUGCAGGGGCGUCCGGCCGGGCAUAUUGUGCUGCAGCCAGGCACAGCAGGUGGACUUGCUUUUCACCCCUCUCCUUGGAAUGAUAUGUAUAUACAAGGUGCGCAGUUUACUUGCUCUCACCCCCAGACGGGAAACAUUCGCAGCAUACCUGAGCAGCCCCAGUAUUCCCAGUACAAAGCUUGUGUUCUGCAGCAUCCUCAAAAACUUACACAGACGAGCCCGACGGCCACCGAGAUGGUGGAGGACACCGAGAAUGAGCCUCAUGAUCCUGAACAAGAAGCUACCUCUUCCAUAUGACAAGAUGCUACCUCUUCCAUAUGACAAGAUGCUACCUCUUCCAUGUGACAAGAUGCUACCUCUUCCAUAUGACAAG